CUCCUGGUAGGAGGGGGCUUCCGCUUCCGGCAGCGGUGGCUGCAGCCUCGCUCUGGUCCCUGCGGCUGGCGGCCGAGCUGUGUGUCUCCUCCUCCGCCGCCGCCAUAUUGUCUGUGUGAGGAGAGGGGAGAGCGGCCGCUGCCGCUGCUGCUUCCACCACAGUUUGAAGAAAACAGGUCUGAAACAAAGUCUUACCCCCAGCUGUCUCUGAACACAGUGACUGCCAGAUCUCCAAACAUCAAGUCCAGCUUUGUCCGCCAACCUGUCUGACAUGUCGGGACCCGUGCCAAGCAGGGCCAGAGUUUACACAGAUGUUAAUACGCACAGACCCCGAGAGUACUGGGAUUACGAGUCACAUGUGGUGGAAUGGGGAAAUCAAGAUGACUACCAGCUGGUUCGAAAAUUAGGCCGGGGUAAAUACAGUGAAGUAUUUGAAGCCAUCAACAUCACAAAUAAUGAAAAGGUUGUUGUUAAAAUUCUCAAGCCAGUAAAGAAGAAGAAAAUCAAGCGUGAAAUAAAGAUUUUGGAGAAUUUGCGAGGUGGUCCCAACAUCAUCACACUGGCGGACAUUGUAAAAGACCCUGUGUCACGAACCCCUGCCUUGGUUUUUGAACAUGUAAACAACACAGACUUCAAGCAAUUGUACCAGACGUUAACAGACUAUGAUAUUCGAUUUUACAUGUAUGAGAUUCUGAAGGCCCUGGAUUAUUGCCACAGCAUGGGAAUUAUGCACAGAGAUGUGAAGCCCCAUAAUGUCAUGAUUGAUCAUGAGCACAGAAAGCUAAGGCUAAUAGACUGGGGUUUGGCUGAGUUUUACCAUCCUGGCCAAGAAUAUAAUGUCCGAGUUGCUUCCCGAUACUUCAAAGGUCCUGAACUACUUGUAGACUAUCAGAUGUAUGAUUAUAGUUUGGAUAUGUGGAGCUUGGGUUGUAUGCUCGCAAGUAUGAUUUUCCGGAAGGAGCCAUUUUUCCAUGGACAUGACAAUUAUGAUCAGUUGGUGAGGAUAGCCAAGGUUCUGGGGACAGAAGAUUUAUAUGACUAUAUCGACAAAUACAACAUUGAAUUAGAUCCACGUUUCAAUGAUAUCUUGGGCAGACAUUCCCGUAAGCGAUGGGAGCGCUUUGUCCACAGUGAAAACCAGCACCUUGUCAGCCCCGAGGCCUUGGAUUUCCUGGACAAGCUGCUGCGAUACGACCACCAGUCACGGCUCACUGCAAGAGAGGCCAUGGAGCACCCCUAUUUCUACACUGUUGUGAAGGACCAGGCUCGAAUGGGUUCAUCUAGCAUGCCAGGGGGUAGUACACCUGUCAGCAGCGCAAAUAUGAUGUCAGGGAUUUCUUCAGUGCCAACCCCUUCACCCCUCGGACCUCUGGCAGGCUCACCAGUGAUUGCUGCUGCCAAUCCCCUUGGGAUGCCUGUUCCGGCUGCCGCUGGCGCUCAGCAGUAAUGGCCCCUUCUGUCUCCUGAUGCCUGAGCAGAGGUGGGGGAGUCCACUCUCUCCUUGAUGCAGCUUGCGCCUGGUGGGGAGGGGUGAAAUACUUAAGAAGCACCGUGUCUGAACCGUUGCUUGUGGAUUUAUAGUAGUUCAGUCAUAAAAAAAAUUAUAAUAGGCUGAUUUUCUUUUUUUUUUCUUUUUUUCUUUUUUUUCUUUUUAACUCGAACUUUUCAUAACUCAGGGUAUUCCCUGAAAAAUUACCUGCAGGUGGAGUAUUUCACGGACAAAUUUUUUUCUCCUUCCAAAUUCACUUUCUCAUCACUAAAGAACAAAGAUAAACCAGCCUCAAUCCCAGCUGCUGCAUUUGGGUGGAGAUCUCUUCCCAUGACCACCAUUGCUCCCCCACCAUCCCACUUUGGGGGUUUGUAUCUCAUGCUCUUCUCCAGAGAUUACAAAAAUAUAGCUUCUUGAAGGGAGGUGGGAAGAAAGGAGGAAGGGAAAACUCAACCUAUAAGAGCAGUGUCCUGCUAAUCACUUACAUCACUUUAAAAGUGCUUCAAUGGGGUUGUCCUGGUGAAUCUAGUGGAAAUGUCUUAGUUACAUUGAGAUGCUGAAAAUCUACCCAAAGUGCAGACAGGUCCUGAAAACUUCUGUUCAGUAUGAAUCAUGUCUUACUGACCUAACCCUAAAUCCAACUCACUUAUAAGUUUAGUCUCAAUUUAGUUUAAAAUUUUAAUAACCUUUCCUCCCAGGUUUCUUACCUUGGUCCUCUCCCCUUUCAUCUCCCAACAUGCUCUUAUAGUUGGUAGGAGGGGGAAGGCAAAAUCUUUCUCAGUUUUCUUUGACUUGGCCAUUUUGAAUUCAGUUAGUUACUGGGCAUAACUUAUUGCUUUUUACAAAAUUAAAAAAACAUUGUCUAUAUAGGUUUCAUGCUAGCAACUCUGGGAGCUAAUGGAAGAUGUGGCCACACUGUUUCAUUUUAAGCUUUUACCUUCUUUUCCUCCUACCUUUCCCUUCUGUCACUUGCCAUCCAGUGAGAAGGACCUGCCCCUCGGUCUUGUAAAUGUAUCUGAGAGGUAGGAGCAGGGCCACUGUCUCCAGUGAAACUGAAAUGGUAGACCUGUAAUUGUGGGAAAACUAUAAACUCUCUUGUUACAGCCCUGCCACCCCUUGCUGUGUGUAUAUAUAUAAUACUUUGUCCUUCAUAUGUGAAAGAUCCAGUGUUGGAAUUCUUUGGUGUAAAUAAACGUUUGGUUUUAUUUAUCAA